AUGAUUAAAGGCCAGGAGAAGGAAUUGAUGUCUAGUUUCAGUCAGACGUUGGGUAUAGUCUACACUGAGCCGAAUGAGGAAUCUGAGACCAUGAACGAUCAGAUCGAAAAGCCAGACAUUGAGGUUCAAUGGACAGAUGAGUUCGCGCGAAGAGAAGAAGCUGACAUUAGUGACAAGACCUCCACGUCUAUCAACGGUACGACCUCAACGUCUACCGACAGCAGGACUUCAACGUCUACCUACGGCACGACCUCAACAUCGACCGACGGCAAGACCUCAACGUCGACCGACGGCACGACCUCAACGUCGACCGACGGCACGACCUCAACAUCGACCGACGGCAAGACCUCAACGUCGACCGACGGCACGACCUCAACGGCGACCGACGGCACGACCUCAACAUUUACCAAAGGUACAACCUCUAUGUCGAUCGACGAUAUAGAAAAAGAGAUGACCAUGGAAGAUUUCUUGGACCUAGAAGAGUUCUUGGAGUUGGAGUUAGAAGAAUUCUUGGAGCUGGAGGAAUUGCUUGAAGAUAUGGAUCAGAAUUCGAAGAAGAAGCUUGAUGACGAUCAGAAUACUUCGAGAGGAGAUCUGGAAACUUCAACAAAGGCUAGCAUCGGUUGA